AUGGCGCCCCUUCCGGGUAACAACCUGGCGCGUGUGCUGUCGGGCCACCUUCCCAGCUUCAUCGCGCUGGGGGGCAGGGAGGCGGCGUUUGAUCUGGUUCUGACACGGCUGAACUGGCUGAUGGUGGCGCUGGAGGUGGGGCGGCAGCACCUGCGUGACGAGCGGAACCAGCAGAACCUCCUGGACCUGCUGCCACCAGAGGAGGUCGAGGUGCUCCACGCUGACAGGGACCCGGUGCUGUACUGCAUUUACAAUGUCAUGCACAUGGAGAGGAAGUACAUCGCGGACAAGAGCAGCGACUGGAUGAGGUUUUGCGACACAAUGUACAUGGAGUACAUAUCCCACCUGAGGACCUUCCUGGCGUUGUGGCUGGCCUGCGUGCCAUGGGUUUACGUGAUCUACUACCAGUGGUAUGCCAUGCCCCUGUGCCUCGUCAUCGGUUAUGGCAUCAUUGGGGUGGAGGAGGCGGCAGUGGAAGUCGAGCAGCCGUUCGGGCGCGACUUCAACGACAUUCCUCUGGACAGCAUUGUGGCAGAAGCGUACCUCGCCAUCAGCAAAUACGUCACCAUGGUGUGCGCCGCAAAGCAGCGGGACCUAGCAGCCCGCCAGCUGGAGGCGGCAAACGGCUGCGAGGGGGCGGCUGCGAAUCCGGUCGGCGGAGUCAGCGCCGACAGCAAGGGGAAGCCGAAGGGGCAGCAGGGGGACGGGGGCGCCGACCCCAAGGCUGGGCACACGGCGAAGGAUCAGGGGGCGGGUGCGGCCGCCGGCGGCGGCGCGGCAAAGUUCUUGGCAGGCGCAGACAAUGAGGUGUGA